AAACUUUUUUCAGGCUGUGAAUCAAUACAUUUUUGGAUGGAAAAGUCGUUUUGCUUUUCCACUAAAAGACUGCGCUUUGCUGCAUGUCAAUUUUCUUUCACGUUAAGAUGAAACAACCGCAUUUAGAACAAACUCAGAAGCGAUGCGUUUCUGAAAUUCCUUUUCAAGAUCCGUUUGAAGCGGGAAACCAACUUAAUGCAGGCGUGCUCAGCCAAUCAGCAUCAAGUAAUCAUGCCCUCUUGAUUGCCAAAAGUGCCCUCGUGAUUGCGAAAAAAUUCCCUCCGUCUCAGCCAAUCAGGAUUCAGUAAUUUUGCCCCGUAUGUGACAAACACAGUAAUCAGUCACUCGUGACCCUUGCAGCAAAAAGUAUAGUCGAAACGUUGUGUUUCAGGUUGGUGUCACUCAAAUCUCUGCUUCAUUCAGAUGGUUACAUCCAAUUCCGGAAUAUUUGAAAUCCCAUCUGUUCAGAACUUGCAUUUAGAAUACAAAGUGUUAUCUUUAAGUUUUGCAUUCUAUUAAGUCUGCGAACAGCCUCACGAUGUAUACGCGCGCGAACGUUGCGUGAACGUCGAAGCGCGAAACCUUACACAAGCGAGCCCGCUUGCACGUUAGUUCAUUUGUGAAGAUAUGUAACUCCACUCAUCACUUUAUGAUAUGAUGAAAAUUCCCAAAUUUUAAAACGGAUACUGCACUCCAACAGAGACUUGACAGUGUUAUUCUUCUAUCCAUUUUUAACAGUCGUCACCCCACACUGUACGUUUCGUAACGUUGCUGGUGGCAUCGUGGUUGUCACUACCUGGAUGAUCCUACGUAGAAGUUCCAGUCUCCAGGAAUUUGUUAACACUUUUACCGAAGCAGUUCUGCCCCUUGGCAACACCUUGCGUGCAAUAAGUGAAGGGUCGCUGUGCUUCACUGUUCAAGCACAAACCACUUCAGCUCUUGAGGUACUUUGGAAAGCAUACCAGGACGGAACUCUACAGAGAAAUCUACAAGAGUUUCUUAUUACUGAAGAAAUCAAACAACUGGUAGGUUUCGAUGUUAAGUUGACUGUGAAGAUCGAUGAACAAGAACACGACAAUGCAGUCUGGGAUCUGAUAAUAACAGAAACGCAAGAAAUGGAAGUGAAGGAAGAAACGAAAGGAUUUGAAGAUCAGUCAAGUUUUGAUGCUGCAAAUGCUGGAGUAAAGGAGGCGCAUCCAGAAGUUAGAGAAGACGAUUCACAAAAUUCCGACAGCAAUUUACCUGAUAGAAUUGCUUUUGUGGAAGAAUAUGUGGCAAAUCUUCCAGAAACUGGCAGCAUGACAACGGAAACAACUGAUAGCGGUUUGUGGUCCCAGAGUGCACCUUCUGAAUGGGAACUCUACGAAGGCGCAGGUAAUUUCAUCGUAAUGUCAUUUUUUUCACUGGAAUGAAUGCCCAGAGAGUAUUAGCUCAUGACCUGGGCGCCUGUUAGAGAGGCAUUCGCGACAGCCCGUUUCGUUUUCGGUUGUAGGAGUCAAUUGUGUGCCCAGGAGCGCCUUUCCAAAAAUUCCAUUUUUGGCAAAUUGUACCGGAAUGUUUCAAAUUAAGGUAGUGAAGCAUUUCUAUUUUGAUGAAUAUCUCUAAUUUUUCAGUUGACGUGACAAUAAUGGGAUUUACUGUACUGUAAAUGAAUAUGGUCAUAGCGAAAUGAUAUAUGCGACGACGAAAUUGACAACUACUGGGGCUACGAAUCGUUUUUGAUGCAUGGCCCUCCUUAAAU